AUGCGUCUUGUGCAGCACGCCGUGCAGCUGGCUCUGCUGGCCUUCACGGUUCCCUCUGUUUACGCGGCCUCGUGGGGGUUUAGUGAUGCCACGGUGUCAGUUCAGGCCAAGGGCGCAGGCGUUGGAGCUGGUUUCCAAGAGAAGAUCCAGGAGAAUGCGCCGUUGUCCAAAGUGGUGUCGCUCGGCGGAUCCGAUACGCUCAAGCUCGCCUUGACCGCGCAGGAGGGACGCAGCGCCAAACGACCACACCAGGCGUUUUUGCUCUUGAAAGACCCCGAGACCGGCCUCGAUAUCUCAUACCCUUUCAGUGUCAAGGACAAUGGCAAGGCCAAGGUCGAAUUGACCCAGAAGGAUCUGCCGGUCCAGUUCCUCCGCGCCUCUCAUCCAGUCGAUGCGGAAAUUGUCCUUGGGUCUUUUGGCAGCUCGAAGGCGUAUCGCAACGUCGCUUUCCAACUUUCGAUUGACCGCGACCCUAAUGUCCCUGUUCCGUCUGCCAAUGCCGAGAGAUAUGGAAAGCUGCCGGAGAUCCAUCAUAUCUUUAAACCGGAUCCCAAGAGUCCGCCGCUGAUUGUGACUCUUAUUUUUGUGUUGAUGGUGCUUACUGCGCUGCCUAUCCUGCUUGCUACGUGGCUCCUGCUUGGCGCGAACCUCAACCACCUCCCUGUGGCACUCAAGUCGGCGCCAGUGCCUCACGCCGUUUUCGUCGGGUCGAUCAUCGGUCUGGAGGGGAUCUUUUUCAUGUACUAUACCACCUGGAACCUGUUCCAGACGCUUCCUGUUGCGUUGGCAGUUGGUGCCAUUGCGUACCUCAGUGGCAGCCGGGCACUGAGCGAGGUUCUGGAGAGGCGCCUGGCUGGGUUGAGAUGA